GUGAGAUUUCAGCAAGCAAAGAAAAUGAAAGAAAAACAGCUAGUACUAAGAAGAAUUACACUUAUCUUGAUACUUCAUGUCAGUCAUGCCUCCGGGAGUACCUGGGAUUAUGUGGACCCCAGUACCUGGAGUAAUACCUAUCCCAUCUGUGCCGAAACCCACCAGUCCCCCAUAGAUCUGCUUGAAAACAUAACACAAGAGACCAGUCACGAAUACUUUACAUUGGAACACCACCAAGAAUCAAUACACGAAAACAUGACCAACACCGGACAUUCACUAAUGAUUCAAGUUUCUCAUGAUGUUAAAAUAAGUGGCGGAGGGUUACAGGGCAAAUUCAAAAUAGACCAAUUCCAUUUCCAUUGGGGCAGCAACUCCAGCAUAGGUUCUGAACACACGAUUGAUGGGGCACAUUACCCGUUAGAGUUGCAUGUGGUUGCACACAACGAUUCCUAUUCAAAUUUCAAUGAUGCAAAGAAUCACAGCGAUGGCCUAGCAGUUUUCGGUUAUGUCUUUCAGAUAGGCCCUACAAACAACAGCCAUUUUGAUCCAUUCUUCUCCCAUUUGUCAGAUGUGUCAAACAAAGAUGAACACCAUGAAGUAACAUUCAAACUUGAUGACGUGAUGGAAUCGUCAACUAUGACAUCAUACUUCCGAUAUCACGGAAGUUUGACAACUCCAGAAUGUUUUCAAAGUGUCACAUGGACGGUAUUUGAUCACCCCAAAAGCAUUUCAGAAGCUCAGAUGGAGGCGCUCCGAACAUUGCAUUCAGACAAUGGAACCACAAUCAUGGAAAAGAAUUACCGCCCUGUUCAACAACUCAAUAAUAGGAUAGUCCAUAAAUACAAGUACACACACUCUGGAGCUGUGACACGGCUUAGCCCUUCUAUCUAUUGCCUAUUUGCAGGAUUUUUAUCCUUUGCCAAAUUUAUAUUUGUAUAACCAGUUAUAGACUCUUUAUUGAUGUUUGCCAUACAAAUCUUAGGCCACCCCAAUAAAUUUUUUUUGUUCGUCGGACCCGCGCGCUCGUAUUUAAACAAAACUAUACAAAUAAUAUUAAUUUCAAUUUCCCGCACCAUGGAAAUUCUGUGCUAUAUUCUAUUCCAUUUCCGCUCUAUUUUUCGUAUUUUAAAUCUGCUUACUCUGCAAAUCAGAAAAAAUAUAAUUGUCCGCUCAAUUUUUUUCACGCUCCGCCCAAAAAUUUUGCCUACAAAAAAGUAAUAAUAUAAUUAUUUAACCGCUUGCCCGCUCGUACUUUUUUUCAUCAAAUGUCCGACGAAC